UUUUGGUUAUGUGCCGUGAGUCGCGUAGUUGUAGGUCAUAUGAUGUACACACACUGUGCAGUUUUAAUCAGUAAAUCUAGGGUAGUAUUCAGAAUAGUAUAUUGCUAUUACACAUGAUAAGUGGUAAACAAAGCGAAAAUGGCGGAUUCUGAGACUUUACACGCUGCCGUGGCGUCUUACGGGCCGUGUGCCAUCAAAGACCUGAAAAUCGGGGAGACCAAAUACUGGUGUCGCUGUGGUCUGAGCAAGAAACAACCCUGGUGUGACGGCUCACACAAAGACACGGGUAUCACACCAAUGGCCUGGAAGGUGGACAAGGAGCAGACAGUGUUCUACAUGUGCGCGUGUAAGCAGACGAAAAAUCCGCCAUUUUGUGACGGUACUCACACCAGCGCACCGGAAGAGGUCGAGAAGCGCAAGAACGCCUGCGCGAAGAAAGACGGUCACGUGCAGGAUUGCAAACUGUGCACGAACUGCGGAUGGGUGCCAGACUUUUAGGUCCAGUGAAGUCAAGAGGAUCAUCUUGAUUAUCGCUCUGUGCACGUGUUCUACAAGACACGUCAGAAUUAACCAUAUAUUUUAAAUAAUCAUUCUGAUAAAAUGUUUGCUUUAUUUGUGUGUAGCUGUUGUCAAUAAAUUAUCAAAGUAA